UCCGCGCGCGCGUUCCGCGGGACACCCGCGUCACGUGACCGCGAGCCCGCCCCGCCCGCCGCAGCAGCCAAUCAGCGCCCCCAAAGGCCCCACCGGCCAAUCGGAAGCGGCGGCGCGCGCGGGGUCGCACCCACGCCCCGCUCUCAGCCAAUCGGGAGGCGCCGCUGAGCUCCGGCCAAUCAGAGGCCGAGGGGGCGGGGCUUGGCGUGAGGGGGCGCCGGUACCGACCCCCAAAUCCCCCCAAAAUCCUCAUUUCUCCCCAAUAAACCCCCGGUACCGGACCAGUCUACCCUGGACGAAGCCUCCCUCCAGUUCCGCCGGACACUGGCCCGGGUCAUGGCCCAGGAUGUUCAAGAGCAGCAGAUCUACCAGGAGAUGCUCUGGGCCAUGCGCGAGAUCAAGGAGGACUUCGAGCGGAUCAUGAAGCGCUUCCAGAGCCAGGUUUAUUGCCCCAAUAAAUGCGGGCGGAUGGAGGUGUUGUGGAUCGAGUGCAUCUUCUGCAACCUCACCCACUUCGCCUGCAACAGGGGGAUGGAUUGCGGGGAGCGGCAGCUGUGGGUAGAGGAAGGGCAGGACCUGGUGCUGGACUGCGCCCUGCCCUGGCACGGGGCGUCCCACGGCGCCAAGACCUACAGCUUCUACCGGGGCCUGGCAUCGGCCGGGGGGCGUCCGGAGCCCCACAGGCGCCCUCCCCACACUCGGGGGGCGGCUGCGGAGGAGCCCCCGCGCCCCCCGCCCGCGGAGCGGCUCCUGCGGAGCGGCCCCGACCCGGUGCUGGUGUGGAAGGAGGCGGCGGAGGCGGCGGGCGGGCGCUACCGGUGCCAGAUGCGGGGCCCCGGCGGGCGGGUGGGCUCGGAGCUGCUCUUCAACGUCACCGUUCUGCCCCGCCCGAGGGUCCCGGGCCAGGCCCCGCCCCGAGCCCCGACCCCCCCCGGGGGGGCUCCCCCCGGCCGCCGUGGCCGCGAUCGUCGUGACGAUUAUCGCGACAGUGCUGGUGGCUGCGGGCAUCGCUUGGUUCUGCUUCCGGCGCGGGGACCCCCGGGACCGGCAGGACCCCUCCCCAAUAAAGGAGUCGUGACCCCCCUCGUGCCUCGGGUUAUUUGGGGAGGGGUCCCGAGGGGGUCGGGGGGGUCUCGGAGGGGUUGGAGGGAAUUUGAGGGGGGGUCCUGUCGCUAAACCCGGGUCCUGCCGCCCCAAAAU